AUGAAUUCCGCCCUUUCUGUGUGUUUGUUACUUGCUGCUUUUUAUGCUCUUGCCCAUUGCCAUCACUUUCCUCAUCACCCCACCUGUGAGGAUGACCAUAAAGUUACAAAUCACACGGAAGAGCAUGCACUCCUGAACCAGGCCUGUGUCAAACAAGGUGCUAGCUAUGCGGACUUUACAUUCAGAUUCUAUAAGCAGGCUAUAUUAGUGGAAGCAGACAAGAAUGUGUUCUUCUCUCCUGUGAGCAUUGCCACUGCCUUUGCAAUGCUGGCAAUGGGUGCUAAAUCGACCACUCGGACUCAGAUUUUUGAAGGAAUGGGCUUUAGCCUGACAGAGAUUCAGGAGGAGGAGAUACAUGAAAGUUUCCAUCAUCACAUCCACAUGAUGAAUUGUCCUAACAAUAAGAUCCAGACAAGUAUGGGAAAUGCCCUUUUUAUAGCGGCUGAGUUUAAAGCACUAGAGAAGUUUUUACAAGACGUCAAAACCUUUUAUGAAACAGAAUAUUUUCCUACUAAUUUCCAUAAUUUAAAAGAGGCUGAGAAAAAGAUCAAUGGUUAUGUAGAGAAGAAAACCCGUGGGAAAAUUCCGGAACUAGUCAGCUCUCUUGAUCCAAACACUGUAAUGGUUCUUGUUAACUACAUUUAUUUCAAAGCCUCCUGGGAAAAUCCUUUCAAUCCUUUCCACACCCGCGAGGAGGAUUUUUUGGUGGAUGAGAAAACCUCCGUUAAAGUCAGUAUGAUGCGCCAGGAUACCAACUAUGAAAGCCACUAUGAUGACCAGCUGUCGUGCUGGUUGGUGCAGAUACCGUACAAUGGAAAUGCCAAAGCAUUAUUUAUUCUGCCUGACGCAGGAAAGAUGAAGCAGGUGGAGGCUGCUCUCUUGAAAGAAACUGUGUGUAAAUGGGAGAAAUUACUUCAAAAAAGGAGUAUUAAUCUGUACAUUCCAAAGUUUUCUAUUUCGGGGUCCUACGAUGUGAAACUCCUGUUUAAGAAAAUGGGUAUUACUGAUGUGUUCUCUAGCCUUGCUGAUCUGUCUGGAAUUGCUGGGACGUCCGACCUGUAUGUUUCAAAAGCUGUUCACAAGGCCGUGUUGAAUGUUCAUGAGAAUGGCACCGAGGCAGCAGCAGCCACCGCGAUAGCAGUUAACAAAUUUCUUCAUCCUUCAACUACCAUUAAAUUCAACAGGCCCUUCGUUGUGAUGAUUGUUGAUAAAGCCACCCUUAGCACAAUUUUCAUGGGGAAAAUUGUCAACCCGACUAUAAAAUAA